UCGGGAGCAGCAGCUACGGCCAGGACUGGAACGGGGAACGGUGUGGCGGAGGAACCGAAGAAACAGCCACCCGGCAAUAAGAUGACCAGACCAACCAGGGAGAACAAGGCAAAAGCUCCGAAGACGUACAGUCUUUCCAACACUGCCCAGGUUGACACAGGUGGGGUCUCGGACAAGUCAAUUCUCAAAGUUGCAAUUCAAGCUGAUCUGGAGAAGAAGAUCAUCAAGCUGAUCAAUGACUUCCAGCCUGAGAAUGGGGACAAAGGGACCAUAUCAGGCAGACUUACCAGCAAGAAAUUACUGGACUUGUACACAGCACUGCAGAAGUUCAACUUUAAGAGAGAACACAUCGAAGAGGCGAUGAAGAGCAGUGUGCUGUAUGGAGGGGAUCUCCACUCAGCUCUUGACUGGCUCUGCCUCAACCUCAAAGAUGAUGAGCUGCCAGAAGGUUUCAGCCAGCAGAUGCAGGAGGAGAGUCAGAGGAGCAGGCCCAAGUUUCAGCCUCCUGCUCAGAAGAAACCUUCAGCCCUGAGCCCCAAAGCACCGAGCAACACCCACAACAAGACCACUAAGGCCACUGAGAAGGAUGAGGCUGCAAGCGUGAAGGACUGGAUCUUGAGGUAUGCAGAGCAGAGCAGUGAGGAAGAGGAGGAGGAGGAGGAAGAAGGAGGGAAGAAGAAUGUGCACAGUCCUGAAGUAGAGGAAAAAUUUGAUCCAAAUGACAGGUAUUUGGUCCUUACUGCUCAGCUUUAUGACUCUAAAGAAAUGGCAGCUGUGGCCAAGACCAAAGAAGACAAGGCAGGCCAAAGGAUGGCACAGGACAGAAUACGCAUCAUACAGCAAGAAAUGAAGCAACUGGAGUCUCAUCCCAUGUUCAAUCCAGCGAUAAAAGUGUCGGAUGUGCCUCAGAAGGAAAAGAAAACGGUUCCUUUUAAUGAAGACAAAGAAGAACUUGGCUUCAGCUUAUUUGAUCAGGCUGAAAAGGACCCUCCUGCUGACAAAGUUGUGAAAAACAAUGAGCCAAAGGACAUUCGCAAUUUUGACUACACAGCUCGCAGCUGGACAGGAAAGUCUCCCAAACAGUUUCUCAUCGACUGGGUUCGAAAGAACCUGCCCAAGAGUGCACCACCAGCUUUUCACAAGGUUGCUGCUGGGAGAUUCUGGAGAUGCAAGGUGCGUGUUCAGAGGGCAGAUGAUGUGCUGGAAGUUUGUCCAAACAUUCUGACUGAGGACAGCAUGCAGGCUCAACAUCUGGCAGCCACACUGGCGCUCUACAACCUGGUUAAAGGACAGUCAGUGCACCAGCUCCUUCCUCCCACCUACAGAGAUGUGUGGCUGGAGUGGAGGGACAGCGAGCAGCAGCAACAGGAAGAGAGCCGCACUGCUGCCAACAAACCUCGAGACCAGUUCAUCUCCCGGCUUCUGACCAGACUCAAACAGCAGCAAAUCCAGAGCCAAGGGCAGGGGUCUGGAUCCCAAGGCCAGGUGGGGCUGGGUUGGGCUGCAGAUGAAGAGCCGGAAGAGUCCUGGGAGAUCCUGGCUGGUCUUGAUGCUGGGGAACCUGGAGAAGAACCAGAGGACAAGAGUGAGAAAAGGGGGGGGAGGAAGGAUGGGACAGGAGCACUUGAGGCAUCCAGGGAGCUCCUAAUAAAGCUGAAGAAGUCCCCACUGGCCCGUAGACUGCGGGCAGAGCGGGAGCAGCUUCCUGUCUUCCAACAUCGGCAUGGUGUCUUGGAGGCUCUGCAGCGCCACCCCGUGGUGGUGGUGGCCGGUGAGACUGGCAGCGGAAAGAGUACUCAGAUUCCUCAGUUCCUGUUGGAGGAGCUUUUGACAGGGGGAAAAGUGGCACGGCCCUGCAACAUUGUGGUUACUCAGCCCCGAAGGAUAUCUGCCAUGAGCCUGGCCUGCAGAGUCAGCCAGGAGCUCGGCUGCGAGAAUGGACCAGGGUCAAGGUUGUCGCUGUGCGGAUACCAGAUCCGGAUGGAGAAUCAGUCUGGGGAGUGGACCCGCCUGCUGUACUGUACUACCGGAGUUCUGCUCCGGAAGCUACAGCAUGACAGACACCUCAGCUCCCUGACACACAUCAUUGUAGAUGAGGUGCACGAGCGCAGUGUCCAGUCAGACUUCCUGCUAACCAUACUGAAAGACGUUGUUAUGAGGAGAUCAGACCUGCAGUUGAUCCUCAUGAGUGCUACAGUCGACUGUGGCAAGUUCUCCAACUACUUCAACCGCUGUCCAGUGAUCACCAUUCCUGGCAGGACGUUCCCAGUGGAGGUAUUUCACUUAGAAGACAUAGUGGAGCAGACGGGAUACAUCCUGGAAAUGGACUCAGAGUAUAGCCAGAAAAUUCUUGAAGAAGAAGAGGAAGUCAGCAUCUCUGUCACCCAGAAAGGUGGCAAGACUUUACAGCAGCAGGAUGUGAUAGUGAAGGACUCCUCCUCAGGCUGGGACCUGGGGCCUGACCUUGACCACUUCAGUAGCAGGACCCGGCAGGUGCUGCAGUAUAUGAACCCUAAUAAGAUCAAUAUGGACUUGCUGGUUGACCUCAUUGACUACCUAGACAAAUCCCCACAGUUUGCAGAGGUGGAUGGAGCCAUUCUUGUGUUCCUCCCGGGUCUGGCUCACAUCCAGCAGCUUUAUGACCUGCUGUCCUUAGAUAAGAGGUUUGGGGACAAAAACAGGUACCAGAUCGCUGCUCUUCACUCAACUUUAUCAUCCAAGGACCAGGCUGCUGCCUUCACAGUGCCCCCUGCUGGGAUUAGGAAGAUUGUGUUGUCGACUAACAUCGCUGAGACUGGUGUGACUAUUCCUGAUGUCGUGUUUGUCAUUGACACUGGGAAGACCAAAGAAAAUAAGUACCAUGAAAGCAGCCAGAUGAGUUCUCUGGUGGAAACUUUUGUUUCCAAAGCCAGUGCCCUACAGAGGCAGGGGAGAGCGGGACGUGUCCGAAAUGGCUUCUGCUUCAGACUUUACCCAAAAUACAGGUUUGAUGCAUUCAUGGAUUACUCCAUUCCUGAGAUACUACGGGUCCCACUGGAGGAGCUCUGUCUUCACAUUAUGAAAUGUCAGUAUGGCUCACCGGAGGAGUUCCUGAGCCGGGCACUGGAUGCUCCUCAGCCUCAGUCGGUCAGUAACGCCAUCAGCCUGCUGAGGAAGAUCGGUGCGUGUCACCCCAACAGUCAUCUCCUCACCCCUCUGGGACACCACCUGGCAAGUUUGCCUGUCAAUGUGAAGAUUGGCAAGAUGCUCAUCUAUGGAGCCAUCUUUGGCUGCCUGGAGCCCAUAGCAACCAUCGCAGCAGCCAUCAGUGAGAAGUCUCCCUUCUCCACACCAAUGAAUAGAAAGGAGGAAGCUAACCUGGCUAAAGCGACACUGGCAGUAGCUAACUCUGAUCACCUCACCAUAUACAAUGCAUAUCUGGGGUGGAAGAACUCACAGACGGAGGGUCAGAGAGCAGAAAUGUCCUACUGUAGGAAACGCUUCCUUAAUCGAACGUCUCUCAUUACAAUAGAGGAUGUGAAGCAAGAGCUGAUGAAGAUGAUGGAGCAGGCAGGUUUCUGGUCAUCUCGCUCUUCCUCUUCUCACUUAAAGCUGCAUGCGGCUUCGCUCUCUAAGCAGCAGAUCUCUGUCCUGAACGCAGUGCUGACAGCAGGCCUCUACGACAGCGUGGCCCGGGUUUUGUGCACCCCCUCCGUGGAUGUGCUCGAGCGAGUGGCCUGCACUGUGGAGACCCCUCAAGGCAAAGCACAGGUCCAUCCCUCGUCUGUUAACCGCAAUCUGCAGACACAUGGCUGGCUGCUGUACCAGGAGAAGGUGAAGUACACCAAGAUCUACCUGCGAGACACCACUCUGAUAUCUCCGUUUCCUGUGUUGCUGUUUGGAGGCGACAUUGAAAUUCAGCACAGAGAGAGGCUCAUCACACUGGAUGGAUGGAUCCACUUUCAGGCUCCUGUACGGAUUGGUGUGAUCUUCAAACACCUGAGGAAACUGAUGGACUCUUUGCUUGCAAAGAAGCUGGAGAAUCCUAGGAUGAAUCUGGAAGAUGAGAGGACCAUCCAGCUGAUUCUGGACCUGAUCAAAUCAGAGCACGCUGUAUGAUUUUUUUUUUUUGGACCACCAAAAGGCCUGUUUGGCACAGAAGAACAUGCACACCAAUAACUUUUCACACACUAUCAAUAGGUCUUGCUGACUAUGUGCUCAGCAUUAACACCUGCAGACACAUCCUGUGAACAAAUAAAGGCUUCCUAAAGAUGAACAGAUUGUUACAAGGAGCUCCUACUCACAUUGAGGAGGGCUAUACAGUAUUAUAUGAAAUGCAAAGAGACAUGCUGAAAUUUACAAGGAACCAAAAUUAAUGAUACUGCCAAAUGUGACAAAAAUAAAGCUGUAUUGAAUUUUA